AUGAAAGCCUUGCAAGGGCCACGCACCCUUCUUAGAAGAUCUCUCUUUUCAGGAAAACUAUUCCAACAGGAGCGUUCGAGAAAUGCUGCCAACCAGUUCAAGAAUGAUCCUGUCUCAUCUGUUCAGGAACGAACACUGUUCGAACAAAUAUUCCUAGAAAUUAUGAAGAAAGAUGAGAAAAAGAAUGCACAGACGGGCCUCGGGCAGUCAUUGCCAAUAAAAACUCUACAGCGCAUGGACAGUGCGGAAAACUUACAAAUUGUUUUUGAAAAGAAAAAGCCGUCAAUUUCUGAUGCGAAACCAGCGGAGAAUGGCAUCGAUCAGAAAGCUGUCGAAGAACACCAAUCACCGCGCCUUACUAAGGACGAUAUAAGGAGAUAUCCGGUUUCACUGACAUCCACAUACUUUGCUGAACAAGACGUAUCCAAAUCUGCUUUAAAGGGCCAAAAUGUCUCUAGCCCUGACCUCAGGCUUAGAAGCACCGUCAAAGCAGAGACUGUGGAGAAGCUAGAAACCAAGGAAAAACUAAAAGCAGCCCUUCAAAAAGCUUUGAAGCCUCAUCUGGAAUUUUUGAGUCGAAAAAUACAUACUGAUCAGGACUGCUUGAAACAACUGAAAUUGUACUUCGAUUUGUAUGCCAAGACUGCAAACAGCACAGAAAAGCUCAAUUCAGAAACCUUGAAACAUGUUGGAGAGGCUUGCAGGCGCAGUCCCUCUUCCUUACCACAACCCUAUACCAUGACCCUUCCGUACAUUGUAAAGCAUCUUUUGAGUGAUGAAGAAUUUAGCUUUCCUCUAGACAGAAGGUACACGCUGAUAACAGCAGUCUACACGUGGUGCAAACGCAACAGUGACUUGGAGCUCUAUUUGAUAGUUUGCAACGUCGAUUUUUACAAUUUGUUAAUGAAGUAUUCGUGGGAAAACUACCAAGAUAUCGCUCAGCUUCGUCAAUUAGUCACAGAAAUGAGCGUCAACGGAUUUCUAGGUGACGUCGAUACUAUUGAGAUUUUACAAGAUAUUGUGCUAGAAGUCAACAACUCAAACAUAGACAACAAAACUGCUACAGACACCUAUCCCGUGGAUGCGCUGUGGUGCCAGGAAAUUGUGGAGAACUUAAGAUACAUCGAACGAUACCUCGCUAAGCUAAAGAGAAGUCAACUAUAA